GUUGCUCAUGGUCUUAUUGAGCAAGCAGCGCAGAUGAGGCAGCAGCUGGCCCCUGGUUUUUCGGUUCCUACGUCUACAAACCAACUUAUUGAAGCCAACACCCCGAGGAUGGUUGAACCCAAAUUGACAAUCAAUCUGCCAGCGCCUCCACCUACACAACCUUUGACACCAUUUUCAAUCUCUAAUCCAAGUGAAGAGGAGAGCAAGAAGGCAACAGUAGCUGCUGUUGCUGCAAAACUUGCUGCUUCAACGUCCUCUGCACAGAUGUUGACCUCAGUUCUCUCGUCCCUUGUAGCUGAAGAGGCUGCUUCAAUGAGCAGUAGCUUGAAAUCUGCUGGGUGGUUUUCGAGUUUGCCUACUUUACCUCCCGAGAAAAGGCAGAAGCUAGAGAAGUCUGUUCCCUUCUCUGACGUGGACAAUUACGAGUCUGGUAAUUCCAUGUAUUUUUCUACUACACAGCAAGUAAACGCUACUAUUCCAUUCCUGCCACCUCCUCCACCUCUGCCACCACUUGCACCUCCGUCUAAUUCUCCUGCAAGUCAAUUGGUCCAAUCGGCAAUGGUGGUGCCACCCUAUGGGUAUGGGGCUGGAAACUUGCUGCCUCCAUCUUUGUCUACAAACAAUUCCAUGGGCUUAGCCGGGCCUGGCCCCCCUCAGCAAGCACAGCCACAGCAGUUGCAGAACCAGCAACAGCCGCAGCAGCAGCAGCAGCCACUGCCUCCAAAUGCUGGGUACUAUAGGCCUCCAGGUAUUGGAUUCUAUGGGCACAGUCAUCAGACAUCAACACCGCCCGUACCAAGACAGUGA